AUGCAGGUAAAUCGAGCCCAGCCCUCGGAUGGGAGACGAGCCGUCAAGUUGAGGUGCGGCCCGGCAGUCAACAACAACCUACUGUACAAUGCUCGAAUGAGCACACAUUUACUGUAUUUCCGUUCGCCCGCUCGCCCGCCCAUAUUCGGCCACUCCUGCCAUCUCUCGCUCUCUUUAUACCCGCAGCUGUUUGACGUAGCGCCUGUGGGUAGUAGUACGGUACGCCCUCGGGCCCUCCAAGUUUUGCCACCUGUUUGCACUUUAUCCCAUUCCGAGUCGACAUCGACAGUGCCAACGGAGCUACACGAUGAGGAUCCAUUCGAAGGAAAAUCGGGACUAUCAAAUGGAAUUUUCUGCUCACCAAAACCCCUUCUUAGUAACCAACGGACAAGAAACCAGUUCAGACCCCGCAACGCCAACAAGGGCACCACGAGUUACCAGUUGCGACAGUAUGCGGAGGCUACACUUGGAGGAGGCAGUUUGCGAAAGAUCGUCAAGCUGCCAGAGGGCGAGGACGAGAACGAGUGGUUGGCAGUGAACAUGGUCGAUUUCUACAACCACAUAAAUCUUCUGUACGGGUCGAUCACCGAAUUCUGCUCUCCACAGUCAUGCCCCGAGAUGAAAGCCACGGAUGAAUUCGAGUACCUUUGGCAGGAUUCAGAAAACUUCAAACGACCAACCAAGAUGCCCGCACCGACCUACAUCGAACACUUGAUGGGCUGGGUUCAGAGCAAUAUUGACAACGAGGCAGUGUUCCCCAGCAGAAUUGGUGUCCCUUUCCCAAAAUCAUUCCCAAGCAUGAUUCGGCAGGUCUUCAAGCGUAUGUACCGAGUCUACGCACAUAUCUACUGCCACCACUACCCGGUCAUCCGUGAGCUUGGCCUUGAAGCCCAUCUUAAUACUAGCUUCAAGCACUAUGUCCUCUUUAUCGACGAGCAUAACCUUGCAAGCGGGAAGGAUUUCUGGGGACCGUUGGGAGAUCUUGUUGACAGCAUGUUGAGAAGCGACUGA